GGAAAGGAGAGCAGCUGGGUUCCCUGUCUCCAUCCGCUCACCAGCUGGGGAUGAGAGAGCCUUGCUCAGGAGGUCCGAGGAGGGGGUGCGCUGCUUCAGUGAUGUUAUAGACUCUCCCACCCAAGGCUUUCCAUGUGUUCUCGCUCCUGCUGUCCCCAACAAGACUGUGGACUUGUUUGAGAUGAUUGAAAAAAUGCAGGGGAGUCGCCUGGACGAGCAAAGAUGUUCCCUUCCAGCUCCUCUCAAGACGGAAGAGGAGUAUAUUCCUUACCCCAGCAUCCAUGAGGUAUUACAGAAAGGGUGGCCAUAUCCUCUCAUUAUCUUACCCCAGUUUGGGGGCUACUGGAUUGAAGGGACCAGCCACAACCUCUCCAGCUUGAGUCCAACUCUGUCUGACGUACCCUUUCCCUGGAGUGGUAAAGCGAAACUGGAGAGUGACCCUACAGCCAAGCUGUACCGCAAACAUUUUCUGGGGAAGGAGCACCAGAACUUUUACUCCAGUGACAUGUCCUUGGGCUACCUGGUACUUUCUGUGAAGUACGAACAGAUCGAGAAACAGGAAAAUCUUCGCCUGUUGCUGAGGACUAGGACUGGCACCAAACAUGACCUGAUCCCCAUUUCCUGUCUGAAUGAGUUUCCCAACGCUGUCCAGAUGGCGAAGCUACUGUGUGAGGAUGUGAAUGUUGAACGCUUCUUUCCUGUCCUCUACCCCAAGGCUUCGCAGCUUAUUGUUGCGUUUGAUGAACAUGUCAUAAGCAAUAACUUCAAAUUUGGGGUCAUCUACCAGAAACCUGGCCAGACGACCGAAGAAGAAGUCUUCAGUAACACAGAGGAGAGUCUGGGUUUCCUGGAGUUCCUGGAUUUCCUUGGUGACAAGAUUCAGCUGCAGGAUUUCCGUGGGUUCCGGGGAGGCUUGGAUGUCACUCGAGGUCAAACAGGCACUGAGUCAGUCUAUACAAAUUUCCGGGGCAAGGAGAUCAUGUUUCAUGUGUCUACAAAGCUGCCCUUCACAGAGGGAGAUUCCCAGCAGCUUCAGCGGAAGCGUCACAUUGGGAACGACAUUGUAGCCAUCAUCUUCCAGGAUGAAAGCACGCCUUUUGUCCCUGAUAUGAUUGCUUCUAAUUUCCUACACGCCUAUGUGGUAGUCCAGCUCACUCAUGGCACCGCUGGGGACACGCUCUACAAGGUUUCAGUCACAGCCCGAGAUGAUGUCCCCUUCUUUGGACCCCCUCUGCCAAAUCCAGCCAUAUUUAGAAAGAGUGCAGAGUUUCGUGAAUUCCUCCUGGUCAAGCUCAUCAAUGCUGAGUACAGCUGCUAUCGAGCGGAGAAAUUUGCUAAAUUAGAGGAAAGGACCCGGAGUGCCCUCUUGGAGAGCCUUUUUGAGGAGCUGCAGCUGCGCAGCCGCAGUAUGAUGGGAUUGCCCAUAGGGGAGGAUGACAAGAUAGAGAACGGCAGCGGGGGCUUCCUCGAGAAUUUCAAGCGGGUGAUCCGAGGCCGCAGCCAGAGCCUGGAUACCAUGGGGAUAUCCAUGAGAAAGCAGCAGCCAGCCACCCUGCCCAGCCGCCCAGCUACAGCUGGCCUUGCCCUCAGCCAGAGUGUCGCCGAGGGCCCUAAGGCCAUUGCUGCGUCUUUUGCCUUGCCUGGUAGGAGCCCAUCACGUACUCGAGCCAGCCGCUUCCAUGGGCGACGGAGUAGUGCCAUUGGCAUUGAGAACAUACAGGAGGAAAAGAGCAGAGACACUGCAGAGAGGAUACAGAAGGUGCUGGACAGUCCAGGAACUUUCUUUGACCUGAAGUCUGAUGGAUCAUCCAGUCCCAGCUCCCCAGAGUUCCCCAGCAGGAAAAGCAAACACAUCUGAGUGGGGACAUCAAGCCAAUCAGGAGUGGACCGGCUGCUACUCAGUCAUUGGUUACCUCACAGAAGAUACUGGCAAGACUUUUGGGGUGAAAUGAGAGCCCUGGCUAAGAGGAGCAUGAACUUACUUAGAGGACCUCAAGGACUGUGGAGAGACCAAGUGGCACCAAGUAACGCUCCGCUGGCAGUUCCUGGAGCAGGAAUCCUGGGAAAGGGAGAUGGACAGAUAGCUCCUAUUGGAGCAUUUUGGCUCUGUGCCCUUCCCAUUGCCCAGUCGGCAGCCACUGAACCAGCCUCUACUAAUGAUGGGGGAAGGAGGCCACCUUGAGUGCCUCCCCUUCUCUUCCCCUCCCCUCAGAUGAGCGAGAAGAGAACAGCUUGGCCUGCAGAAGGCGAGAGCAGAAGAACAUGUUUCCACCUCUGUCUCUAGUGCCUUUGGAUGACAUAGGUCAGGAAGUGCAGUGCAGAGAAUGAGGAUGGAGAAACCUGCUGAGGAAGGAUGCUGAGAAGGAGAUACUUUGUGGAAAUCUAGGUCCCAGCUCACUUAAAUUCGUGUUAUUUGAUUUGCUCUGCCAAGGGAGAAGCAUGUUGGCCUUCGCUUCCUCUAAAAUAUAUUUCCUAAUCUCCUGAGGAAAUAUCUUUGGCCUAUAUUGGCCCUACCAUUACUGUUCUCCCUGUUGCAUGCUGGCAUGUAAUAUGCCUGGGACUUUAGGUUUCAUUACUGCUUGUAGGUCAAGACUGGCCACAUUUUGCAGUGUUUCUGAAGGAAUAAAUAUAUUUAGUAU